GUCAUACUGUCACGCUAGUCUAUUUAUAAGUUAGUAACCUCUGCAGAUCUGCCACUGUAUGUAUCAGUCUUACACUGACGCGACGGAUUAACGGUUCCAUUUGAUUCAGGUCGUUGUUGGCAAUGGAAUCGAGCGAUCCUAUGCUUAAGAAGAAAGCCAGCCCAGCGCCCAGCUCAGUCCCUAUGCUGUGGAAGGUCCUGGCCAUCAUCUUCAUCGUGAUAAGUGUAGCACUUUUAAUUACUCUGAUAGUUGUUGCAACAAAGCAACAGAAAGGGGCCGAGAACCAAGACUCAAAGCCAAAACCAACCUCUAAGACCACGAUGAGUGUGGAACCUUGUGCUGAUGGAAUGACGAGUUCCAAAGAACCACCAAAGUCUUCGAGUCCUUUUAACGACCUGACAGUCAGCGAGAUCACCGCCGUUAGGGAUUAUUUACUGAAGCAGGCCUCACUUAACCUCACGGAAUAUUCCAAGGCUACAGUCGACAGCAAUUAUAUUUACUUGAUACAGUUGCUUCCGCCGUCGAAAGAGGAAGUUCUGGAGCAUCUAGACAAUAAUGGCGCCAAGCCCGAACGAAAAGCUGUUGCUGUGGUUUUCCAUGGUGCCACCGAUCCACCUGUGGUAAAAGAAUACAUCAUCCAUCCGGUCUCGACGCCAACUGAUUACAAGGUUAGAGAGAUUCCAGGUGGACAGAAAAAAACUGUUCCAUUUAAUGCUCGCCCUUUUGAUGGCGUUGUAGAAUAUAACGCACUGGAAAGAACGAUUGUCAAGGAAGCUGCCAGUAAACUCGCCAAGUUAAUGUCUGAAAGUUAUGACGGCUACAUCUACAUCGUCCCCUGUAUCUCUGGUAUAAAGUGCUUACAGUUCCUUUACACAGCUCCUAUGGGUUUUACAGGGGAGGACCGCUAUACCUGGAUCUACUUUUUUCGCGGGGAUGUUGCGGGCCAUUAUAUUCAUCCUCUAGACUUGAUGUUCCUGGUAGAUCAUGGAGGAGCGGACGUUUCUAAAUGGAAAAUCCUCAAGGUUCUUUACAACAAUCAGACUUUUGACACUAUAGACGAGUUAGCGGGAAAAUUCGAAAAUAAUACCAUUAACAAGAUUUUUGUGCCAGCUCCAAAAGGCACAGACGCGCUAUUUUCCAGUUACGAACGUCGAGAAGUUCCUCAGCCAUUUAAGCCAAUGAGAGAACCAGUGCAGUAUGAGCCCGAUGGAAAGCGUUACACCGUAAAUGGACGUCAAAUUACCUACAUGUCGUGGUCGUUUGAUUUCAGAAUGGAUUCCAACAGUGGCAUGCAAAUCUACGACAUUAAAUUUAACGGAGAGAGAAUUGUUUACGAACUCAGUCUUCAAGAAGCAGCGGCUACUUACGCAGGUUUUUAUCCAAGCCCCUCUUGGAAUAACUUUCUUGACGGCUCAUGGCGAAUGGGAAUGAGUAGUUACGAAAUGGUUCGAGGCGUUGAUUGCCCUAAUACUGCUACUUUCUUCGACUUAGUGCACAUGAUUGGAGUUGGAAAUCCGCAGACCUUUCGCAACGCAGUGUGCGUAUUUGAACUAAAUACUGGAACACCACUUCGUCGACAUUAUGAUAACAACUUUUAUAAUGGUUACAAGUUUUAUGGAGGGAUGGCCAACCAAGUAUUAGUUCUGCGUACAGUGGCAACAGUUUACAAUUACGAUUAUGUUUUCGACUUCAUAUUCUACCAAAACGGAGUCAUUGAAGUCAAGAUGUCAGCUUCUGGGUAUAUUUUUGGAGCAUUCUAUAACUCUAACAUGGACCCAUACGCAUACCCGCUUCAUGAGGAUUUCACAAGUGGUACACACGAUCACCUUAUCAACUAUAAAGUGGAUCUGGACGUUGGUGGCAGGGGAAAUUCGUACGAGACUAUCGAAAUUGGGAUCGAAAACAUCACUGAGCGAUGGUUUCCUAACAGACAACGUGUCCAGAAAGUUCUGAAACGCGAUGUGAAGAAAACAGAGAUGGAUGCAUCUUACAAGUUUGACUUCGACCAUCCAAUGUACCUAAACUUUUUCAAUGAAAAGAAGAAAAACCGAAUGGGUGUGAAAAAAGGAUACCGCAUCCAGCUGGACAACAUGUUGAAGCAGUUGUACCCAGAAGACUGGAUGAUCACACCAAUGUUGAGCUGGUCCCUCUAUCAAAUGGCUAUCACCAAGUACAAAGAGAAUGAGACACAGAGUAGCUCUAUUUAUAAUCAAAACUCGCCAACAGAUCCACAGGUUGAUUUCCGUAAUUACCUCGCGGAUGAUGACCCCAUUGUGAAUGAGGAUUUGGUUGCCUGGGUUACAAUUGGCGCGAUGCAUGUGCCUCAUGCAGAAGACCUGCCCAACACCGCCACGGCUGCCAACUCCGCUCGCUUCUUCAUAAGGCCUUUCAACUACUUUGACGAGGAUCCUUCUAUCGGAUCUACCAAUGCCAUCUUAAUUACACCGAUUGAGCCCUAUAACUUCUCAGCGCAGAAGGUAGAGCGAUAUGGCACUCCUGUAGGACCGCAAUGCAUCCCCAAGAAACACACAACUGACUUCAAGGGUACUUAUUGAUGGACAACUGUUUUUUGUUGUUGUUGUUGUUGUUAUUAUUUUUGUUUUUUUUUUCUGUUGUUUGUUUUAUUUGGAACGGUAUGCUUACGAAUAUGUCGUGUUACUCUACUUAGUGAGGUAGAUCAAUUCAUAAUAUACCAAAGUCAAAAGCUACCACCAAAUUGUAAAAAUGUUGAGACACUUUGAAGAAAAAGUGCGUUUAGCGAUUUCAUCUGAAGGUUAAUAAGAAUGUUAGUGAAAAAAAAAAAUCAAGAGGUACUCCCAUGUACAUGAUACUGCCUAUAGCAACAUUGCAAAAGAGGGGUAAGGGGAUACAAUAUGUUGGAUCACAUGGUGAACACUUUUCUGUUCUCAAAUGUCUCAACUACUUUUGCAACUGGUUAUACCUUUAUCCUUUAAUCUUUUGAUUAUACGAUUAGGUUUCAUGAAAUUCUUGUUAAUUAAAUCUUUAAUUUAAUUAAAUCUUGUAAGAAGGAAAGCUCUUGUGUUGGAUCUUAAUAGAGUAAGAUGAGUGCAACACUACGCUAGGCUUUUAUUACCACAGUUGUAUUUUCUAAUUAUUUUAGUCUUCAUGAUUUCCAAAUCACUGCGGCUGUAAACAUGGUUUUGGUGUUCAUUUGAUUUAGGAGCAUUUUGACAAAUUCUGAUACUAUGGGCAUGUUUUCAAAACCGUCCGUAAGCUCCUUUUCCUUGACAUUUUCCCUUCUGUCGUGAAGGCGUGCAUGGAUAGGAAAAAUUUCUAUUUGUUCUUCGGUGUCGCGAAUUCCUCUGUCCCUAAAUUAUUUUACGUAGAUUGUAGAAUUUAUUGCAACUUUGCGCUUAUUCUUAGAAUCACAAACAUUAGCACAUGCACCCAGCAUAAUAUGGAAACUUUUUGUCGCCAAAUGAACGAUUUAAUCUUGUCAAGUCAUUAAGUAGACGUUUCACAUUUCCCUAAUUGUGAAAAAAAAACAAGGAUAUCAGUAAAUUAACAAGCGAGUUUAACUUGGUACAUUUUUUGCGUAAAUGGUUCGUUGAUAAGGUAACUCUCAGAAAGGCCUGUAGCUUUAACGACGAGACGGAAGCAAAGUGGAAGAAGGCAGACAAUAACAGAACCAACUAUGAACAUAAUAAAUCUUCAGCGCCUUGUCCUUUUUUUUU